GAAUUUAGGACUAAUUACUUGAGUUAUAUCCAUCUCAUCAAGGCUUUCCUUCCAUUCUUCCAGAGGAGAAACUCUGGGGCCAUGGUGUUCACAUCUUCCACUACGUCAAUAGUGCCAAUAAUUCGAUGUGGCAAUUACGGUGCGAGUAAAGCGGCCCUCCACCAUUUCCUGAUGGUGCUUCGCCAAAACAUGAAGGACGCCUCGUCCGACGUCAGGAUAAUCGAGAUAUUCCCGCCAAGCGUGCAAACUGAGCUACAUGAUGCCAGGCAUCAACCAGACCUAAAAAAUGGUGCCCAGAUUGGCAUGCCAUUAGAAGAUUUUACUGAAGCAGCGCAUAACGCAAUUAUUCGUGGGGAGGAAGAUAUCGUUAUUGGUGCGGCAGAAGAAUGGUACUAUCCCUUUGAGCCGUUACGUCACGGAAGGUUUACAGAGUUGGUGGAGAAGUUGAGAGAUUACGGGAAAUAG